UUAUGUUUUUACUUUGUGUGGCUCUUGCAUUAGUUGGAAGUCUCAACUACAGCCUAUUGUGGCCCUUUCUACCACUGAGUCCGAGUAUGUUGCAGCCACAGAAGCGUUUAAGGAAGCCAUCUGGCUCAAACGCAUUGUCUCCGAAAUUGGGUUUCUCAAAAAGGGAGUUACCAUUUUCUCGGAUAGCCAAUCGGCUAUCCAACUUUGCAAAAAUCCUGUAUUUCAUGAUAGAACUAAGCAUAUUGAUGUUAGGUUCCAUUUCAUACGUGAUAUUAUUGAUGCAGGUGGAGUCAAGCUGUGCAAGAUCCCUUCAGAGUUUAACCCUGCGGAUAUGGGUACCAAGUGUCUUUCUGCUGAGAAGCACUUGUCCUGCAAACGCAUGUUAAACUUUGACUGUGGAUAACUGUGGGUUGCGUAAUAAAGUGUUUGCCCGUUUUAUCUGUUGAUAUUCCGGGUGACCCGGCGAUGAUGAGUCUCCUCACAACCUGUUUUGCUACUCUACACCACCUAGGACCAAUAAGGUGGAGAAUGUUGGAGGUAUUGGUCCUACCAAGGCCUCCCUUCCACUUUAUUAUUAAGGCUUGCACCCCAUGUUUACUCCCACUUUGAUUCCCUUAGUUGAAAUCACUCAUUGGUGCCUGUUGACUUACAAUAUGUGAGCCCCCUUGUUUUUUGUUGUUGUCCGCUGCACCUCCUGUCUGGCAGCCUGUGACACCUUGUUGAUAAGCCUCACCCGUGACUUUCCUUGGCAGCCUAUUUGUAGUCCUUUUGUUUGCCCCUUUGAGAUAAGCCUGCGUGAAUUCCUCUUCCAGAGAGCAGUGUCUUCCUUCUUCCUUUCCUUAUGUGAGAGUUCCUUUGUGGAGUGAAGAAGAGUGAGUAAACAUGGGAGAUGUUGUGGCAUAGCCCUAGAGGGUGUGUGUGAGUUUAGUCUAGAGUGGUUGGAGACCUGAGCCGGAGACGGAUACGAUCCUAACACGGAUAUCCAUGAAAGGCCAAAUUCCGUAAACCGCACCCCACACUAUCUCACGAAACCCCUUCGGUAGCCAUAAAGGGUGAGGAAUCCGACCUCUCUUCACAAAGGCCGGCAAACAUGAGGUCAUCAAAUCUCCCAUAACUGACCACGGCCGAUCUCCUCCCAAGCUCAAAGAUUUAAGGGUAUCUCGAGACUCCCUUCGUCUUCCUCUUUUCUUACAACCAUAAAAACCAGUGAACCGCCAGCUAGGUGAACCCUCCUCUAAAAAGACUUGGACAUCAAAAAACUGAUUUGAGGAUCCCACAAUCUGGGCACGGGCCCCCUCUUCCCCAUAACAACGCAAGCCCCCCUCUGUGGCUGACGUUUUCCACCACAAAACAUUGCUCCAACCCAACUUUCCUCAUAACAAACUCCGCAUUGUUCAUAUUAUCAAAGGUCUCUAAAAGAAAAUCCACCGAUGACCGCUUCAAGUGGACCACAUCCACCAAUGCAUGAACUUUUGCCGGGUUGCCAAGCCCCCAACAGUUCCAACUAAGGCAACUCAUUCCUCUCGACGAGCCUAAGAAUCAUAUCCCGCCGCAACCUCGUUUUUUGGAAAAGUGAUAUCCAUAUCUUGUCCCUCUGAGGGAUGCUCACUAAAAGUUUCUCGAAAAGUCUUACAUUUUUUUUGUAGCCCCUCCAUCACUCGGGACGGGAACUUCCACCGCAUAAUCCUCCCCAUUGUCAGGGGCUGCUACACAUCUCCCAGUAAUGGCCACUUGAUCCCCAACAUUUCUAGCAAUUUUCUCCGUAAAAAGCUCAAAGGGAAGAUUGUAGGCUUGCACCCAGAACUGAGAAUGAUUUAGUGCUAUGGACUUCGGAUUGUCUGAAGGUACUAACCUGUGUAGCACCAAAAGAGAAUUUUCAUAGCACCAGGGACCAUCCUCCCAUACCUGCUCGAAAUCGACCUUGCAAUUGUUAAAGAACUAGAACAUGAACCUGUGAUCACCAAACUCCCGGAUGUGCACACCCCCACUCGGACGCCAUACAUCUGCCAUAGUAUCCCUAACGAAUUGGAAUUUGAUAGAUUUGAGCGUGUGAAGCCCGCCUACCAUGCAUAGAGGCGCAGACGCGGGCGGAUCCUCUGCCAUCACUGCAUCGAGAUCAACUCCUUCAUCAUCUUCAUCUUCGAGACUCAACGUGGCGUACCAGUCUUCCAUGUCACUGCCAUGUAAACGGAAUGCAGAAUCAAGCAUCGAAAGCGCUACGUGAACCAUAGAAUAAGAAGCGUAAACAAACGGUGGAAUAAUGGUAAAACCAUAUAUAGACUACUAGGGAGGGUUGUUAACUCUAAACGUGUAACUACACACACAAACUACACUACUAGAAAAGGUCAUAAUAGAGAGGAAGGGGAAAGGAAAUUAAUUUUCUAUGUAAUUUACAAAGGAAUUCUGGGAGGAAUUUGGUAUGAUUGACUAACGGAUGAAUUAGCUAAGAACUUUAGUCAUUUGAGAGGAACUUUUUUUCCUAUCUACCAAAAUCAAAAAUAAAUAAAAUAAAUACUCAUAUUAGAUAGGAACUUUAUUCCUUCUUACACAAUAAUAGCAAUUGAAAGGGACGGCUCCCCUCUCUAUUCAUAUUAGAUAGGAACUCAUAGAUAGGGACCACAUUUUGACAUGCAUAAGAACAACCGUACACACCUUAUGGUGGAAAAUUCAAUACAUUUUUUUGAUUAGUUAAUUCCUGCAUUUAAUUUUUUGAGCUACCUACAUUAAUAUCUGCACCAACACAAAUGUACACCUUAUCUUCCGGUUUAUUUCCCUGCUGCUCGAUAGAUCUUCUUUCAGCUCCAAUCCAAUGCCGUCUUGUUCGAUCCGGAUAUAAAUGGACAUACGAAAUGAUCGACUUUGGAUGUAUAAUCGCGUCAAUCCUGGCAGGAAAGGAUUAACGAAUGAUUUUAAGGUUGGGGUGGACCAAUUUGUAGAGUUUGCAUGUGCACAACCAGUGUUUAUAGAGAACUCGGUAAUUAAAUGUCCUUGCAGGAAAUGUAGAAAUCGGCGCUACAAGAAUCCUAGUGAUGUUAAAGUUGACCUUUACAAGUGGGGGUUUGAGGAAAACUACUGGCAUUGGACUUCUCACGGUGAAGAGAUCCCACAUUUAAGUGAAAGUGAUAAUGAUAUGGCACAUGAUGAUGGUGUGGAAGCAAAUGGCAUGUAUGAAGAAAUGAUACACGAUACUUUCGGGCCGGGUUCUUUCUCUAGUAAUCAAAAUCAAGAAUCUGAAGGUUCACAUGAAAGUGCAAAAAACUUUUAUGAGUUGCUCAAUUCUGCGCAACAACCAUUAUGGACAGGUUGUGCAGCAGAUACAGAAUUAUCUUUUACGCUAAAGAUAAUGAGUAUUAAGUCAUCAUAUAACAUUGCGCAACAGGCCAUAGAUGAGAUAUUAGAUGUUUGUAGUCUAGCAAUGCCAUUACCAAAUAAGGUUCCAUCUAAUUUUUACCAAGCUGAGAAGUUGAUUUCUAAGCUGGGGCUUGGUCACGAUAAAAUCGAUUGUUGUAUUAAUGGUUGUAUGUUGUACUACAAGUCUGAUAUUGGGUUGCAAGAAUACAAAUUUUGUGGUGAGAAGAGAUUUAAAUCUAGUAAGAACAAGACUUCAAAAGUUCCUCGAAAAAGGAUGCAUUACUUACCCCUUAUUCCAAGGUUGCAAAGAUGGUACGUAUUUCUCUUGACAAACAAGUGGAGAACAUUCCCGGAACCAUCAAUCUUCCACCCCCGGUUAACACAGAUCAACUAUGGCUUGCACGUGAUGCUAGGAUCUCUAGAGCAUCUCCAUCUCAUAAUACAAGUUCAUCAAAUACCUCUUCCUUCAACAGAUCUCCGUCUCCGGACAGGACAGCUGACUCCGAUGCUUCGACGCGAAUUCAAUCUCAAUCUCAAUACAAUAAGAUUGAGAUUGUUCCUGAUGGCACUUCUGGGUAAUUUUAUUAAGAACUAUUAUUGGUGUUUUACUGUGAUAAAACUAAAAUUUACCAGAAUGAUGACAUUGAAAUUGUUUUGUUACAAAGUAACUUAGCUUGGAUGUUAUCAAGUCUGAAUCCUAUUUUGUAUAUCAAACUAAACACACAAAUUGUUUGAAAGAACAUGUUCAUACAUUAUUGCCAUGUGUUUGAACAGAUUUAUUCCAUGUUCUGCAAACCGGUAUGUGAUAGGCACUAGUUGUUAGUGCCUAAGUAUACAUUUUUAUUAUUGUUUGUAAUGUUUAUUUACUAGUUUUGUGCAAGUUUAUAGUUGUUAGUUUGCAUUUGAUUGUAAUCGUAUUUCUAGCAUUUUAUUGUUUGUUGUAAGUUGUAGAUAGUUUGGCUAUAAGUUUAGGAUAGGUUUGGAAGCAAAAAGGAUGAAGAAACCUGAGUUUUGUGCAAAACCCGGUCGGGUAUGGACUUUACCCGGCCGGGUAUGAAGUGACAAAGGAAACUGCUGCAAAACUAGCAAAUACCCGGUCGGGUAUUCCAUAUACCCGGUCGGGUAUUCUGUGAUUUCGGACCAAAGAACGUGCAGAAGACACAAAAACAUGGGGAAAUAUUUGAUUUGGUAAAUACCCGGUCGGGUAUGUCAAAAUACCCGGCCGGGUAUCCGGCAUUAGGUGUUGAAAACACCUAUAAAUAGCCCCAUUCUCUUUCACAUUUCAUCAUCCCUUCUUCCAUACUCUUCAGC